AUGGCUGCGGAUAAUAGCGACGAGCCCCAAAGAUCUAAUCCUGAACCUCCGGCACGGCCACCGUCACUUCUUUCUAAUCUCAAUCCCAGUGCUACCAGAAACAUUAGGGUUACUAUUCAGUAUGCAGUUCUAGACCAUCGAAGGCUUAAUCCCGAUGGCAACGAGCCUAAUGAAAGUUUGAGCAGAGUUCCUUUUGUGUUGAACUUUACUGAUGUACCCUCUAGCGCCACGCAAGAGCGACUCGAACAAGUUGUAGCUUUGGCUUCGAACGUGGCGAUAGGCCGCCUGCAUCGCAGAUACAGCCGCCCGAAGGGUAUCACCAAAGAGGCUUUCGAAAAAUUGCCGGUAGUAAAGCUGGCCGAGGUUGGCCAGAGUAGUUGCAGCAUCUGCUAUGAAGAUUUUGUCGAGGAGAUUGAGGACUCGAAAAUAGAUGGCAAAGAAGGUAGAAAGCGCAACCAGGAAUCAGAAGGCGAUGCUGAUCGUGAGUCCAGUGAAGCGAAAAGAGCGAGGUUGACUAAUGCUUUUGAUACAAAUGAGCCACCUUCAGAACUACCAGCCCAGAGCGCUGCAGAACCAUCAUCUGACUACAAGAAUUCUACAAGUGAAAGUUACAAGCAUUCUCCAGUUCAACUACAAUGCAACCACAUAUUCGGUCGCGAGUGCAUUCGGGAAUGGACUAAAGAACACAACUCAUGCCCGAUCUGUAGAGCUAGUAUUGUACAGGCGGAUGGCUUAAGUGACUCCGUCAACAGCGCGGAAGAGGAUGAGGAAAAUCUCUUGGAUCAACAAACUUUCGAGAGGAUUAGGACUAUACUCUACGGCCCAACACCCAAUGGUAUGAGUCAGCAAACGACGUCGAAUACUAAUUUUAAUGCAAGUACAGAUACCGGUACAAAUACAAAUGCGACCACGACCACGACCACAAACACUACAUCAAACACAACCAUAAACACUGACGCAAAUGCUAUCUCCAAUGAGGACUCGCCUGCGCCCUCAGGUGCUUGGCCGGAAACCAUGGGACCCUCGGCCAACAUUUUCAUCUUGAGAUCAUCUCAACUCCCUGCUGCGAGUAGUUCCGGCCAAACUGCGAACUCCAACGUAAGUCAGUCUGCAUCCAAUACUCUUCACAUCCCCGCUACCCCCGUGACGAGUCCUCCAUUGGUGUUAGACGUUAUGAGACCGGGCGGCAUAGGAACUCUUCCUAUUUCAUUCGUUGCUAUUCGUCGAAGAGAUUCGAACCAGCAACAAGACACAGAAGGUAGCAAUGAUAGCGCAAACGCCCCCAGUGAAACGACGACGCAUCUGCCUGACGGAGACCGAAGCACAACCAGCACUACCUUCGGACCAAAUUCUACUGCAAGAUCUGCUUCAGGGGCGGACCGCCCUAUGGAUUCAAGCCGUAUCAUGACAUUGGUAGACCACAUUUUAGGCUUGCCCAACAGACAACAACUGAACCCGUCAAUGCCCACAGCGUUGUCAGGGGACCUUCCGGAGCAACUUGGCACCGCUGCUGUUUCCGAUGCCACGGUCUCGGGUGGUGGCGAAGAAGGGGCGCAAAUGGAAAGCGCUGCCACCCGGCGCGGUUUCAUUUUCAACAGCAUUCUUGGUUUUGCUCGGAAUUUGGGCAAUCUCAAUGAAAAUUGGCGUAGUUCUCCCAACGGCCAAACUUCGAAUGAGUUAUUCAAUACCGGUGUGGCUAGCCAGAGAACCGAUGACGGGGUGUCAACAAUGACGUUCAAUGGCGAAAUGCCUUCUCCUCCAUCACAGCGCUCCAGCUCUCAAGGGAGGAAUGAUGAAGCUGCAUCGAAUUCCAAUACUCAACAAGGUUCUGGCCAGCCCGACACUUCCCUAUGA